AUGCUAUUUUCCUUGCUGGUCAACCUACCAAUAGCCACCUUAUCAGCCUGCAACCUGUAUUGGUAGCACCCAGCCUGGUCGGUGGUCUUCGUGGUUUAUUCGUUUCUGCUGGGCUUACUUUUGCUUGUGCUAGCCAUUGGCUUAUACUAUACAUUCUCAUGGUGAGAAGUGGCUCUGCCCGCUGCCUGGCAGCAUGGUUGCUCAGAGAUCAGUAGGCUGAUGUCAAUAGUGGUGGCUGUCUUUGUGCUUUGCUGGAUACCUUUCUACGUGGUGCAGCUGCUGAACCUCUUUGUAACCAGCCUCGAUGACACCGUCAAUCAAGUGUCUCUCAUCCUCUGCUAUGCUAACCACUGCGCCAACCCCAUUCUCUAUGGUUUUCUCUCUGACAACUGCCGCCGUUUCGUCCAGCAGUUUUCUGUCUGUGCAGAAAUUGUGGCAGGAGGUGCUAAGGAAGAACCUGUGGACUUUUAUGCCACUGCCCUCAAGAGCCAUGCUGGGGCCUGGUGCAUAUGUGAACUGCCUAGCCAGCAGGAGCCUGUGCAGCCUGUACAGCCAGAGGCAAGACCCUCUCAACAGGGCCGCUUGCUUCUGAAAAAUACUGUUGCCCUCUUCUUGGUUCACCUAAGAACCAAGUCCUGA